CUGGUCCGUGGAGUGGGGGCGGGCCAGACAGCUCCCAGUGUCCCUUGAGGAGGUGACUGUGGGCUUCUCCAAGGAAGAGUUGGCUCUGCUGGAUCCAGGGUAGGGGGCUCUCGGUACAAGGAAGACAUGAUGGAAGGUUAGAGGCACGGGGCCUCUCUUGCCAGGGAUACAUGGGUGAAAACAAAUGAAAGAGCACUUCAAGUGUCUGACGAAAGUGAUAAUGGGCCAGACAUGGAAGGGAAUGUAAAGAAUCGAGACAGGAUGAACAAGCUGGAGGGAAACCAAAGAAAUGCAGAGAGCAAUAGAUGUGUGGCUGGUGACCUCCAAGCACUUAUGGUACAACAAGAAACACCUGAAGAAAAGACAGAGAAGAAAUCUCCUGUGUGUAGAAAAAUGCUUGCUCAUAAAUCAACCCUUGAUGACCGUUGCGCAACCGACGCUGCAAAGAAACUAUAUAAAUGCCUUGAGUGUGGAAAGAGUUUCAGCCAGAGUGCUGUCCUUCUCACCCAUCAGAGAACACACACAGGGGAGAAACCAUUUAAUUGUCUGGAGUGUGGGAAAGCAUUUAGUCAGAAGGGGGCACUUACUAUCCAUAAGAGAAUCCACUCAGGGGAGAAACCGUUUCAAUGUUUGGAAUGUGGAAAGAGAUUCAGCCAGAAGGGUGCCCUUCAAGUACAUGAAAGAACUCAUACAGGGGAGAAACCAUUUAAGUGUGUGGAGUGUGGAAAGAGCUUCAACCAGAAGGAGGCCCUUACUUUACAUCAAAGAAUGCACACAGGGGAGAAACCAUUUGAAUGUGUGCAGUGCGGAAAGAGCUUUAAGCACAAGAAAAGCCUUACUAGUCAUCAGAUAAUUCAUACAGAUGAGAACCCAUUUAAAUGCCUUGAGUGUGGAAAAAGCUUCAACUGGAAGGAGAGCCUUGCAUCCCAUCAGCAAAUUCACACAGGAGAGAAACCAUUUGAAUGUUUGCAGUGUGGAAAGAGCUUUGUUCACAAGCAAUACCUUGCUCGCCAUCAGAUAAUUCACAGAGAAGACAACCCAUUUACGUGUCUGGAGUGUGGAAAGCGCUUCAGCCGGAAGCAUGACCUUGCUACACAUCGAAGAAUUCACACAGGAGAGAAACCUUUUGAAUGCUUACAGUGCGGAGAGAGCUUCGUUCACAGGCAAAGCCUUAUUAGUCAUCAGACUACUCACUCAGGAGAGAAACCAUUUAAAUGCCUUGAAUGUGGAAAGAGCUUCAGGCUGAAGGGUUCCUUUACAGCCCAUAAAAUUAUUCACAUUGAGGAAAAAGUCUAUAAAUGCUUGGAGUGUGGAAAGAGCUUCAAGUGGAAGUCUGCUCUUAGUGGCCAUCAAAGAACUCACACAGGAGAGAAACCAUUUCAAUGCUUAGAGUGUGGAGAGAGAUUCUGCAAGAGUAGUACCCUUAAUUGCCAUCAAAGAACUCACACAGGGGAGAAACCAUUUCAGUGCUUGGAGUGUGGAAAGAGCUUCAGUCUUAAAGAGUCUCUGACCUUACAUCAAACCACUCACACAGGGGAGAAACCGUUUCAAUGCUUGGAGUGUGGAAAGAAUUUCAGUCGGAAAGCAUACCUUACUUUACAUCAGAUAACUCACGCAGGGGAGAAACCAUACGAAUGCUUGGAGUGUGGCAAGAGCUUCAGUCGGAGACAGUCUCUUACCUUGCAUCAAAGAACGCACACAGCAGAGAAACCAUUUAAAUGCUUGGAGUGUGGAAAGUGCUUCAGUCGGAAGGUAUAUGUUUCUUUACAUCAAAGAACUCACACAGGGGAGAAACCAUUUAAAUGCCUGGAGUGUGGAAAGGGUUUCAGUCGAAGGGAAUCCCUUACUUCACAUCAAAGAACUCACACAGAGACCUCUUCAGAGGAGUCGGAGUCUGAUACCUCGGAACAGCCUUCUCCUACAGUAGACCUGCGGCAGCAUGAGGGAUCCUGUGGGAGCGAUGCCUCAUUUGAGGUUCCCAACAAACCUUCAAAACCUAUUGCAAACUCCACCAUGGUUUCAGCCUCCUUUCCUGUCACCGAUGGCUCAUCAGAGCAGCAGUUGCAAUGUAUCAAGUGGGAUACUCAGAGCCAUGAUGGCAGUGCCCACCUGACUCCCAGAACACCCUUCCGCCCAGAAUUCACACAUGAGUAAGGCCUAAGCAGGAGGCAGGUUUUUCUUAUGAGGCAGACUCAGGUGCAACUGCGGAACCAGUGUCAGCCAGAAUACACGCUCUCAGUCUGCCGCAGACGUUUCCUCGGUUAACACCUCCCAGAGAGCUAUUUGACUUCAUUCACAGGCUCGAAAUGGGAGGUAAUGUUUAGGUUUCUGUGAUAUAAUAGAGGUAGAGCACACAUCUUACUGCACAUCAAAAAAGCCUCGUAGUACAAAUGAUUUCAAUGCCUUGAUUUCAAUGUCAUGAUUACUUUGCCUCAAAUAAUCUAUGUAACCGGGCAGUCCAUAGAAAUGCUUCUAAAUAUUGUGAUGGCUGUUCUCAUAAAAUAAGCCUUGUCGGAUAUGAGAAAUAUGGGGAAAAGCUCGAGAAAAUUUCUGGUUGUAGUAAGACCUUCUGCAAUACAUCAAAAGUUAUUCACGUGUGUGUGAGAGUUUGUGGUUAUGUCUCUCACAAACAAACACCCUGUGGAAAUGCACUUUAGUGAGUAGAAACCUUGGUAGAAAUGAAAUAGUUUGCAAAUAAUUUUUUUAACUGCAUACAAUAUA